CUGGCGGCUGGACGUGUCGGCGGCGGCCGCGGAGCGCGAGCGGCCGGAGUCCGCGGCAACAACAACAACAACAACAACCGCCACCGCCGCCAUCAGCAACAACAACAACAAGGAGGCGGCGGGGGUGGCCCUCACACGGCAACCGGCUCCCCCCCCUCUCCUCCUGUUGAACGCCGGCCCGGCCCGGCCGCAAGCCCGGGGAGGGGAGGGAGGGCGGCCGGCCGGGCGGGGAGGGGGGGGGGGGGCGGAGGCCUGGCCCGCUCCGCCGCACCGGGGCCGGCUGAGGCGAGGGAAGGCUUCCUCCCCCCCCUCACCACCCACCACCGCCACCCCCCCGUCCUGUCACCGCCGCCGCCGCCGCCGCCCCUCCUCUCCUCACCACAGCCGCAGGCCGCGCCCGGAGAGCGGCCGCUCCGCCGCCGCCCGCGGCCCAGGUUUUACCAAGAGACAGUACAUCUAACACUUAACUUGGAUCAUCUCUUGUUCAUCAGCUUGAAAAUCAUAACAGCCCCCCAAACUGACAUUUGAUCUGAAAGAAAAAGCUGUGACAAAUGGACAAUAUGUCUAUUACUAACACGCCAACAAGUAAUGAUGCUUGUCUGAGCAUUGUUCACAGCUUGAUGUGCCAUCGACAAGGUGGAGAGAGUGAAACUUUUGCAAAACGCGCAAUUGAAAGUUUAGUUAAAAAGCUAAAGGAGAAAAAAGAUGAAUUGGAUUCUUUGAUUACAGCUAUAACCACAAAUGGAGCUCAUCCUAGCAAGUGUGUUACAAUACAGAGAACGCUGGAUGGGAGGCUUCAGGUGGCUGGUCGCAAGGGAUUCCCUCAUGUGAUUUACGCUCGUCUUUGGAGGUGGCCUGAUCUUCAUAAAAAUGAACUCAAGCAUGUUAAAUAUUGUCAGUAUGCUUUUGACUUAAAAUGUGACAGUGUCUGUGUAAAUCCUUACCAUUAUGAGCGUGUAGUAUCGCCUGGCAUCGAUCUCUCAGGACUGACACUACAGAGUUCUGCUCCAUCAAGCAUGUUGGUGAAAGACGAAUACGUUCAUGACUACGAGGGGCAGCCGUCAUUGUCUUCUGCCGAAGGCCAUUCAGUCCAAACCAUCCAGCAUCCACCAAGUAACAGGGCAUCUACAGAGCCUUAUAGCACCCCAGCCAUGUUAGCUCCUACUGAGGCUAGCACUACCAGCACCACUAAUUUUCCCAACAUUCCUGUGGCUUCAACAAGUCAACCUACCAGUAUAUUGACAGGUAGCCAUAGUGAUGGACUCUUACAGAUUGCUUCAGGGCCUCAGCCAGGAACUCAGCAGAAUGGGUUUACAGCUCAGCCAGCUACUUACCAUCACAAUAGUACUACAACUUGGACUGGAAGUCGGACGGCAGCCUACACACCUACCAUACCUCACCACCAGAAUGGCCAUCUUCAGCAUCAUCCACCUAUGCAUCCUGGACAUUACUGGCCAGUUCACAAUGAACUUGCAUUCCAGCCUCCUAUAUCAAAUCAUCCUGCUCCAGAAUAUUGGUGUUCAAUCGCAUAUUUUGAAAUGGAUGUGCAAGUUGGGGAAACAUUUAAGGUCCCUUCAAGCUGUCCAAUUGUUACUGUUGAUGGAUAUGUGGAUCCUUCUGGAGGAGACCGUUUUUGCCUGGGCCAGCUUUCCAACGUGCAUAGAACAGAAGCCAUUGAGAGAGCAAGGUUGCACAUAGGUAAAGGGGUGCAGUUGGAGUGCAAAGGAGAAGGUGACGUGUGGGUUAGAUGCCUCAGUGACCACGCGGUCUUCGUUCAGAGUUACUACCUGGAUAGAGAAGCAGGGCGCGCACCAGGGGAUGCUGUUCACAAGAUUUACCCAAGUGCAUACAUAAAGGUGUUUGAUUUACGCCAAUGUCAUCGUCAGAUGCAACAGCAGGCUGCCACUGCCCAAGCUGCUGCUGCUGCUCAAGCUGCAGCAGUAGCCGGAAACAUCCCUGGACCAGGAUCAGUAGGUGGAAUAGCCCCAGCCAUUAGUUUGUCAGCUGCUGCUGGAAUUGGUGUAGAUGACCUUCGCCGCUUAUGCAUACUCAGGAUGAGUUUUGUAAAAGGUUGGGGACCUGAUUACCCAAGACAGAGCAUCAAAGAGACACCGUGCUGGAUUGAAAUUCACUUACACCGUGCCCUCCAGCUUCUAGAUGAAGUACUUCAUACCAUGCCUAUUGCAGACCCACAACCUUUAGACUGAGAUCCCUCUGCUGCACUGCUGUGGGCCAUUAUAUUGUGAGGAUGGUGGAUUGUAAAAUACAAUUCUGUUUAUAACCUGAAGAUAUAUUUUACUUUUGUUCUGCUUAAUCUUCUAAAACCAGGUUUUAAAAAUGUGUUUGCCGCCUUGCUCUUAGCAGAAAGAAACUGAACAUGCAGAAUUUGGAUUUCAGUUAUUUUCAGAACUUAAUUGUCAUAAUACAUGGCUCAGGGCUUAAAUUGAAAGGUAAACGCCUUAUAGAGACUUUACAGUAUUGGGUUUGUUCCCUUCGAAACUUUCCUUCUCUAUUAUGGCAUCUUGGUGAUAAGCCUCACAGGAGCCUUUUGUAUGCAGAAUAUAUAUUAUAUAUAUAUUUAUAUCUGAAAAUUCCUUCUAAUAGUUACAAACAUUUACCUUAUAGCAACUUUAAAAUUCCAACUGAUUUGUGAUGUUCUUUUUAGGGAACAAUAGUUAACAGAAGACUUCUUUAUUUUGUUGACUAUCUUGUUAUGAUUUUUCCAGAUUAAAAUGUAGAAGCUGCCAAAAAGUGAGGGAUGAGACAUACGUUGUUGGCAUUGAUUAAAAAUAGCAAGGAAAAGAAAUGUGGCUUUUCCUUCACUAGUUUUUAAAAAAGAUAUCUUAGAUUUUUAUUUAUAUAGACACGUGAGUUUUAAAACACUAAAGGAAAUGGAUACUUUCAGUGCUGGCACUCAAUUUAAAUAUAACGUGAAAUACCCAGUCUGCAAAGUUGCCACUGAAAUUGCAUAAUGAGUACCUAAUGGCAGGAACAUAUUUUCAUAACUACUACUGACUUCUAUGAUUUUACUCAAGUAAAACUUGGCAGGUAUUUUAAAAAGUUGCAUGACUCUUUUUACUUGCAUAUACCAUUAAAUCAUGUAUAAUAUUACAUCAAUAUCUAGGAUCCAGUUUUUGUAUCUGUUCACCAUUUCCACUCAGGGCAAGAUGGCAAACUUGUUUUUAUACCUCUUGGUUAUUUUAAGCCCUAUGCCAUCAAUGACCGUAUCAAUUGGCAAUGACUUUGUAUAGAGAAUUUAUAGUAGAAAAAAUGCAAAUGUAUUGACUGUAUGACAGAUACAAUAUGUAUGCUUUCUCUCUAGUUAAUAGUAUAAAUAAAAUUAUGAAAACCCUCAUUUUUAUAAAUUUAGUUUGCUUCUAUUAUGUAAUUCUGCACCUUGAAACCAUUGAUCUUGAGUGACGGAUUACUUUCUUUGCAAGAUGAGCAGCAGCAGCCAACAGUGGUAGGAAUUUUUGUUGGUUUAAACUUGCCAGGAAGCAAGUUCAAUUUUUCUUACUUUCACUGCUUCUCAAUAAAAGCAUGUCUUGAGGAUAUCUCUUUUGGCUAUUUGAUGGGGUAGGAAGAGGGAGCAGGAAUUCCUUAUUUUUCAGCAGGUGUGUAGGGAGUUGGAGCUUAGUUAAACAGGCUUAGAAGUUUGUAGACUCCAACUUAAGUCCUUCAAGCGCUGCCAGUUCGGUCUGCCUGCUGUGCUGUACUGAGCCGACCUGGCAGCACAGUCGUAGUGGUUAACACGAGUAGAAGUCUUGGAAGAGAUUAUUCAGAAGCUUUUUGCCAAGUUUCUUGCAUAGUUUCAGGAAUCUGUAGAGGGCUGUGACACGCAGUGUUUAGGUAUUGCUUCCCCCAUAUGCUGAAAUUCUUACGGAAGAAGUCAGCAGUCAUUGUUUCGGUCAUGGGUGUGGAAGCACAGAGGACAGAUGACUUUGGAGUGAUGGCCAGAAAUGGCUGAGUUUUUAGUGUAUUUACAUUAACAGUGUUGCCUUCUUCAGACUAACUUGUAAUGAGAUCACUUUUCUUUCCUCAUAUGUGGCAACUUCUUGAUGUUUGGAAAAAUAGUGUUUGCUUUCAGUUAAAAACCUUUUUCAUUUUCCUUUGUCUCCUACUGAUCCAGUUUGUCCGAAAAGCAAGCUUCUUCAGAUUCUUGAGGAACACUUCCAGUAGAGGAUUCUGACUACAACCUCAGAAGAAGCUUAUUAACCAGCGGCUUGGUUACGCUUCAUCCACAACGGAAAACUUGCUUUGGGGGAAGAAAUGAAAAGCCUGGCUACACAUUCUUCUUGCCAACCUCCCUUUUGAAUUGUCUGCCGUGCUCUUACUGCCGGGUUCGAGGUGCCUCAGCUUUUGGGAAGUAUCUAGCUUCUGAUGACUGAUCUGUAUAUGGCUACUUCACAGAAAACCCUCUGUUCCAGUUACUUACGUUUUGAUUGUGCCGAACUUUGAUAAAAUAGUGAAAGAUUGCUUCCGCCUGUUGGUAUUCUUGCCUGUAUUACAGUCUGAAAAAAUUCAGCUGUUAAGACUAGGGUUUUUUGCAGAUGUUUUGCAAGCCUCCUUAAGUCUCUACCUACAGUGAAUGGUACCUACAGUGUAGUAUUUAGAUGGCCAAAACCAUUCAGAGUAGAACAAUGAAAUAGUGUCAGAUGAGUUUAAUCAGAACCAAGAAAUCACAGGCCCCACAUCAGGAGAAACCUGAACAUUGUGUGAGGCAGUAAAAAUACUGAAAUGGCAUUCAUCUUAUCCACCGGGCAGUUACCGGUAAGAUGCAGUUGUAACUGUUAAAGGGCAAAAUGAGAGAACCUCAUUCUCAGUUUUUAAUAUGCCUUUAACUUAAUUUUUAUACUUUUAUGACAAGGCAUAAAAGGCAGUGCAUAAUGGAUUGGAAACCCUUCAGCAGCAGCAGCACAUUGAAUCUUUGACAGGCUUGCAUUUAUGUCUGUUUCUGAGAUUCAAAAAAGAGCUACAGCUCCUUGACAGCCGUGAUGAUCCCCGUACGCACCGCAGGCAGGUAUGUCAAGAAUGCCAGAAUUGCGUCUCCUCUUCAGCUCUGACUGUCUCAAACUCAGUGAAUUCAACAAGUAUUUUUUUCAGCUAGCAAUCCCUUCCUUGCGGUCCUGUUCCCAUCUCUACUCCGCUUAGUUCUUUUGAUGAAGUAAUUACCCCUGUGUUUCUCACCCUCAGUUAUGUACUCCUCAAAAAAAGCGUUGUGCUGGAGUACUUUGUCAUAUCACUUCAUGUACUGGAGGGCUGGGAUUAGCACUGGAAGGUUUAGACGUCUUUAGCCGUGUUACUGUUUUGAAAGCCAGGGCAUUUAAAGUUAACAAGGUAGAGAUGUAGGAGAGGAAACGUUUUUUCUGGAAUGGUUUAAAAAUACUUACUUAAUUCUAGCAGGAAUCCCUUGGAAGGAGCCAUAACUGCUAAGCGGUGCUGGUUAGAAAUGGUUGUUCCUGACGUCACUUUUCUGGGCUUGAUGAGAACGACGUGCUGAGGGACCUGGCCCCCCCUGGCUGCGAUAUAAAUCACUUCAUUAACGGCUCUAGCGUACUGAAGACCUGGGAAGUACUCUGGCUGCUUUAUAGAGAGGGACCUACAGUCCAAAGGAGACAAGGGUCUCCCCCAGUCACAAAACAGGUCUGUAGCAGCAGUAGUCAUUGAACUUGUGUCCAACUCCUGUGCCUUACCUUUGAGACCAUCUUACUUCUUGUGACACUUCUAAAGACGACAGUGUCCUCUCUGCGUAGCUCAGGAACGACUGCCUCAAUUCUUUUACUAGGAACCAUGAAAAAAUUCCUAUGCCAGUGUAUAUAGGGGGGGCUUCUGCCUCUGAACCCUUCAAUUGUUGUUUACGUCUUGAUGGUGGUCUUUAUUGAGACAUCUUUAAUCUCUUCUUUGAAGAGUAAGCGCUUUAGAAAGGACUGUCUCCUUGAUUUGCAUUUUUACUCUGCUACGCAGAGUGACUGGGAUCGCUGGUCACUUCUUUAACCGGUUCAAGACAGCCAGAUGGGUCUUCCUCUAAGUGGGAUUCAGACUUCCUUUAAGAAAUCCUCUUUCCUCCCCCUCUCCUCCUGUCAGGCCCCAUGCUACUUAACAUCUGCUCUAUAAAAUUACAAGAUGCUUAGUUGUCAGGUAUUGUUAAGGACACAAUUUUUGAGAGGUUACUUUCUUUUUGUUUUUAAAGUAAGACUUCAACAUUAAAAGCGAUGGCCUUGCCUGGUCCUGCUGGGAACGGGAGUGUUUCCGUGACUGGCGACAGGUUUUUGAGGACCCUGGCGCUGUUCUUGGGACUGAGGUUUGCAGGUUGCCUGUCAUAGGGCAUUUGCGUUAUUCAUGAGCGCUAAGCCGGUUGCUUCUACCCCUGAUGCAGCUAGUCAGCACUUUGGUCCUGGACAGGGAAACAAAUCCAUUGGAAAGCGCUUCUCCACCAGUCGGGUAGGAGCUGGGUGCUGAACAUAUCUUUUCCUUAUGUCAUCCGCCUCCAAAACGCUAUUCUCAGCUGCGUGUUUCUGAAAAUGAUCUGGGAGGUGCGACCAUGCCGAGUCAAAGCUGCCGCCAUACGAUGCUGCUGAGGUCCCUAAGAACCGACCUGACUUUUCAGCGUUGUGAAAGUUUCACUUGGUGAGACCUGGUGGAAGGCAGAACUACUGUCGACAAAAUCUCAAGAGGUUUUGGCACUGUUGGCUGUUGUUGUGCCUUGUGAGUGAUACAUCGCUCCUAAAUUGACAGGACUCCAUUCUUUCAAGCUCACCAAAAUCACCUAGCGCUUUCUUGCUCCAGUACCUUUUUCUGUGUCUUUUUGGUGAAGUUUGGUAGCGCUACAAAGUUGUGAUUCAGCUGGAUUGAGAGCUGUGAAGUACCCAUAACCCAAAACUCACUGUGAGAGGGUUUUUUGAGCAUGAAAGCCUAGUUAAGCAUUUCUUCUUUUAGCCAUUGCCUUUUGAUAAGCGGUCAACAGAAUUCCCAGUAGUUCCUUUGUAGCUUACUGUAUGUUUUUCAUUAGACCUAGUUUGUGGAUAAUAUACUGUAGUUAACUUUCCUGAAAUUCUGUAACAGAGUAUGUUUUUGAUUAAAAAAGGUAAAGAUUCAA